AUGAUUGCAGGACCAGGUUGCUCAUCAGUUGGAUAUGGAGCUGCCUCUGAGCUAGGACCUCUCAGGGUUAGCAGAUUCGCGGCAGGGCUUGAGUUCAACAAGUUUGCGUGGAACAAAGAGGCCAACUUGCUCUUCUUGGAGUCUCCUGUUGGGGUUGGCUUUUCCUACACAAACACGUCCUCUGACCUCACCAGCCUCAGUGACGAUUUUGUAGCCGAGGAUGCAUAUAAUUUCCUGGUUAACUGGUUCAAGAGGUUUCCGCAGUACAAGGACAGGGAAUUCUACAUCUCAGGAGAGAGCUAUGCAGGUCAUUAUGUGCCACAGCUAGCUGACCUUGUGUAUGAGAGGAACAAAGACAGAAAGGCCAACACAUACAUCAACUUUAAAGGGUUCAUUGUUGGCAAUCCAAUAACUGAUGAUUACUACGACUCGAAGGGGCUGGCUGAAUAUGCUUGGAGCCACGCAGUUGUAUCAGAUGAACUCUACGAUCAAAUAAAAAAGGUUUGCGACUUUAGAGCCUCAAACUGGACCGAUGAUUGUGACAAAGCCAUGAGCACCAUCUUCAGACAGUACCACGAGAUUGACAUCUACAACAUUUAUGCACCCAAGUGCAACCUUGCGCAAACAUCAGUAUCAUCUAGUGCUGAUGAAGCACUCAAAUAUAGUGACCAUGAACCAUUCAGGAGGAGGAUUAGGAUGUUUUCGGGAUACGAUGAGUGCUACUCGUCGUAUGCUCAGAAGUACUUCAAUAAGGCAGAUGUCCAAAUAGCACUUCAUGCAAAUCUCAAUGGGAUGCAUCCUGGGAAAUGGCAAGUUUGCAGUGACUCCAUUCUGAGGUCGUACAACUUUUCGGUAGUUUCGGUUCUACCAAUCUACGCCAAGCUCAUUAAAGCAGGACUGAGAGUCUGGCUCUACAGUGGAGAUGCAGAUGGCAGGGUACCCGUGAUUGGGUCGCGGUAUUGCGUAGAAGCACUUGCCUUGCCUAUCAAGACACAGUGGCAACCAUGGUACCUCAACCAACAGGUUGCUGGAAGAUUUGUGGAGUACCAUGGCAUGACCAUGGUGACAAUCAGAGGGGCUGGCCACCUGGUACCCCUGAACAAGCCUGCAGAAGGGCUCACGCUGAUCGACACAUUCCUUCUCGGUAAACAGCUUCCAACACAUCGGUGA